CAGAAUAUAGUCUUCAUUUAGCGAAAGGUUACCAUGAAGAUCGUAGUCGUCGUCGGUGCCAUCCUCGCGGGCGCGACGGGUGCAUCCACCGUUGCCUCGCGCGUCGGCGCCUUUUUGCUUGUGCCGACGGCGUGUGACGCGAAGGACUGCCCGCACGGCGGCUGCUACUUCGAAAACUGCUUGACCAGCGUCUCGUGCUCCGGCGGCGUCUGUGACUUUCGGAACUGCGCGGCGCCGAUUUGCCAAGGUGGCCGCUGCUCCUUUAUCGGGUCGACGGGGGCCACGUGCCCGGGGGGCAGCUGCGCCUUUUUUGACGUCACUGAAGGCUUGACCGACGGCUACUGCACUGGCGGUAGCUGCACGCUCGAUGAUAAGGCCCACCCGUCGUCCUUCUCGUCGUCGCUGAGCGUGUAAUAACUCCAUCAUGUGCGCCGAAUGCAUAAUGUACGCA